GCAAGUGCUAUGUAUCAUAGCUUCCGGAAUAUUUCCGAAUUCUCAAUUUGGGUUUUCCUAAAAUUGUUUUCGUAAUUACUUCUCGCUAAUCAUAACUUAUAACAGUGUGUUAGCGAAUGAUAUUGAAAGGAGUUGUGUAAAAGUGUAAACAAAAGAUUUAUCUUGGUAGGGAAGAAAUUUAUUUAAACAGUAGAAGUUAAGUUUAAAGAUGGACAAUAUUCAUACUAAAACGUUACGGGAAAACCGUGUUGACAUUGUGAAUGAUCUUGAACCAAGAGGAAAAGUUCUUGACACCCUAUAUGAAGAUGGAAUCCUCACUGAAAAUGAUAUUGAAUUAGUGGCGUCUGCUUCCACGAGGAAAGAACGAUGUCAAAUGCUUCUGUCCAUUUUACCCACCAGAGGGCCCAUAGCAUAUGGGUCUUUUCAAAAAGCAUUAAAAAAUGGACAGUAUGAAUUCCUUGCAGAUAAGCUAGGUACGGAAUUACAAGAACCACGUGAAAACACUGAAGUCAAAACUCAUGUUGACACCGCUUUUCAAACAAAAAUGUGUCAAAAAUGUUGGACAUUUAUUGAAAAUAUGAAGUCUGAUGGAACUCGUCUAAAUAACAUCCUUUUGAAGGUCACUGGUGAAAACUGUUGUCUUUUGUUAGAUAAUAUUGAACCGAAAGAUGUUAUUGAUCAACUUUUCCAAGAUCACGUGAUAACAGCAGACGACAUUGACGUGGUUGUCACAGAAACAACACGAAGAAGCCGUUGCGAAAAAUUGUUUCAAAUUUUACUCCAUACAGAAGCUGAAAGUGUAUUCGAGAGCCUUAAGCUGUCACUGGUAAAAAAGUAUUCGUACAUUGUCGAAAAUAUAACAAAACAUUCAGAUGAAAACAAUGUUGAAGAACACAGAUUUUAUACAAGGACACAAUCUGAAAAUAAAGAUGUAAGGCAUGAUGAUGACAAAGGUUCAGGUAUAAUCAGAGGUCCGUGUAUAAACGGAAGUGACGUAGCCAUGGCAGCGCUUAAAAUUUCGUCUUUUGAAAUUGAUCAGGAGACGCCUGUGAAAGAACCGGUAUUGACAACUGGCGACAUUAAAAUAAAAGAUGAAUCAAGAGAAUUUGGUCUGAAUACUGUGGACGGCGCUGUAGUUGUUGCUCCCGCAAAGCAGGUUUUAUCAUCAGUGGGUAAAAAAGAUCGCGGGAAAAAAGACAAAUGGAAAGAACGUUCUUCAUACGAUUUGGUGAAAGCUGAUAAUGUUCACUCAAAUGAAAACCCUGGAGCAGGAAAUACUGAGGAUUUUGAAAAAUGUAAUACUACGAAAUCCAUCGUUUCGAAAAGAAAGCAGAAAAAGAAAGUGAAGAUCUGUAAUCGUUUGGAAACGGAAAUGUCAAAACAAGUUACUCAUAAUCAAACGAAGGACAGAAAAGAAAUAGUACCAAUGCAGAUGACGGCAAUCCAAAGUCAACAACCAAGCAGACGACUGGCUGUAGCAUUCAAUUACUUGAGCACGCUAAUUAACCAAGGAGAUUUCACGAAAUUCGAAGACAUUUCUUUGAGGCUUCAAACAAACUUUCCUUUCAAUUACGAUUUGAUGUGCAUAAUUGGGUACCUUCAAACAAGUCGAGAUUUGUUCCAAACAAAUUUUGACUCUGCAAAAACUCGAAUAGAUGAAACAAUGGCACUACUUCCCAGAACGAGUAACCCUCGCUACUUUAUGCUCGAACUGUUCACCGCCAAAACACGCAUGUACAUUACUCGUAAAAAGUUAGAGAAACUACAGACGACACUUGAUGAAGCGAUGAUGAUUCUAGAAACUGACCCUGUCGGCUGUACUGGCAGGGCAGCUGGGUGGUUGUACAUCAAUGACGCUCGCAACAAAACAGCUCAACUCUCAUGCUUGAAUCUCAGAAGUCCGAACGCUUGUCAAGUAUACGAGCGUUUAUACGACGGCGCUAAGUCAAGCUUUCAGAGGUCGAUGACAAAUUUUAAAAGAGAUGGCGGGAAAGACGGGCCGUUUGGUUUCGGCUACGCUUUGUGCAGACUGGUAAUUUUGUUGUUACGCUGUGGAGACAAUGGACUGACAAUGGAAACCCUAACUCCCUCUGAAGACAACAUUCGAUCUGCUGGCCAGUAUCUGAACCAUUUGGAAGAUUCGGAUAUAGUUAUCUCAAAAAUCCUCGACAUGCAUUUUCGUCUGGCUAAAUGUGAUUACCAGUUCAGACGCGGAAAUCCCGUGCGUGCCUUAGAGCAUGCGCAAAUCGCCCAUGACCUCGCAACAGAGUUAAGACUUCUUGAGUUCACAGAGCAUGCGUACAACAGAGUAGCUUACUUGAAAUCAAAGUCAUCAAUAGUUAGUGUGUCGGAUGAAAUCUCGGAAGAGGAUGUACACAAAAUAUUAUUUGAGGAGACAUCUGGCAGUGAAUGUGAUACUCAAAAUGAACAAUUAUAAUGCUUCCGGUCAGCAAAGGAAUAUACAAUGUACAUGUCUUUGUACCAAACACGUGUGAUACCAAAUUUACUAUGUCCAUGUUUAUGUGAUAUUUUUAAGCUUAUGUCGCCCUUUUGGGACAAUAAUACUCACUUUUGUCACUCUAAUUUAUCAUGAACACAAGCAAUUAUUUUCUUACCAACUCAAUUGUAACAUGUUCAUCAGUGUCAAGGUCGUUGUAACAGUUUCUGUAACAUAUAAAACUAUCCGAGGAGAUUUCUUCUUUAGUAGCA